AACCAAAAACAUGCGAUGUGAAUAAUCAGUAAUCAGUGCGUUGGUGAAGAUGGACGUUACUUUAUUUUCUAUUGGAGUCGGUGCUGUAGCUGUUAUAUUGUAUUGCUGGUUGAAAUGGCACUAUUCAUAUUGGAUGCGAAAGGGUCUUCAACAACUCGAGCCGGAUCUAUUUUACGGAAAUUUCAGGGAUACGGUGACCAACGACGAAAACGUAGGGGUGACUAUGGAACGCCUCUACAAUAAGAUUAAAGAAAAGGGUUGGCAGUGUGCUGGAGCCUACAUGAUAUUUAAAAAAAUUGUUAUUCCGGCACAUCCCGCAAUGCUCAAAGCGGUAUUUCAGAAGGACUUUACCCAUUUUCCGGGCACGGGUGCGUUUUACCACGAAAACGAUUUGCUGGGUCAGCAUUUACUCGUCAUGGAAGGGGACAAAUGGAAAAGUUUGCGGUCCAAGUUGACGCCCGCAUUUACCACCGGCAAAAUUAAGAUUAUGUUCGAGGGAAUGACUAAUAAGUCUGACAAUUUGCUUAAAGUGGUAGAAACCUAUGCAGGGUCCAAGUCUGUAUUCGAUGCAAAAGAGCUGGCUUCCAGAUACACCACGGACGUGAUAGUGACGACCGCGUUUGGGUUGGAAUGCGAUUCCCUUGAAAAUCCCAACCAUCAUUUUCUAAAGAGUGUUGAAAAUAUACUCGAAAAAGGCAAGUUUACGUUUGCCGUGGAGGACAUAGUACCGUGGUCAGUGCUAGGUUUCUUUGGAUGGAAAUUUAUUGGCACGAAGAAAUUCGAAAAUUAUUUCGUCGAUCUGAUAACUCGAGCCGCGCAAGUGAGAGAAAAAAUGAGCGUGAUCCGGAAGGAUUUUUUCCAGAUGCUCCUGCAACUUAAAAAUAAAGGAAACAUUACGGAUGACGGCGACAUUACCGAAAUUAAGAGUAAAGGUGCCAACACCUUGACGGAAACAGAAGUCAUAUCCCAGGCUUUUCUGUUCUACUUUGGAGGUUACGAAACAACGGCAACCACGAUCUCAUUUUCGCUGCUUAAUCUCGCGCAGAACCCGGAAAUGCAAGAUAAAGUGAGAGAAGAAGUUCGGGAGGUAUUAGAGCGUCAUAAUGGGAAGUUCACCUACGAAGCUGCGAUGGAAAUGGAGUAUUUGGAAAAAGUCGUUUUAGAGACGUUGAGGAUGUAUCCGCCAUUCCUAAUGCUCUUCAGAAGAUGCGCCAAAGAUUACAAGAUACCCGGCACCAACGCUACGAUAAAAAAAGGCAUUCAAGUGCUGUUGCCCAUUGGUGGAGUACACUACGAUCCAGAUUAUUAUCCCAAUCCAAAAGCUUUCAAUCCUGAGAAUUUCAGCAAAGAAAAUAAAGCGAAAAGACCAGAAUGUACUUUCCUCUCGUUCGGGGAAGGACCAAGGAUGUGCAUUGGAAUGCGUUUCGGACUGCUGAAUGCAAAAGUAGCGAUAGCAACUGUUGUAAAAGACCACAUCGUUACAGUAAACAAAAGGACUGAAGUACCAAUAGUUAUCGAUAGCCGAAAGUUUGUAACAUCUGCUAGGGGUGGAAUAUGGCUAGAAUUAACCAAGACCAAUACCAUGUAUCAGAAAUUGCAGUUUUAUUUCAACAUCAUCCUCAAUUGGAAGCUGCUGGUAUGCCUCGUUCUUCUCAAAUACGUUUUAGUUUUAUACAGAACUCGCAGAUUAUUGAAAUUUUCAUUCGACCACAACGGACCCGCAUAUUUUCCGCUGGUAGGAAAUUGGUAUUGGCUCAUCGGAAAAGCGAAUUUGAGUGCGUUUAUAGAUCUGAAACGACGUUUUUCGUUGCCCUGCAAUUUGUGGCUUUCGCAAACCUGUUACAACUACGUCACUGAUGUGCCGCACGAAGUGAAAACCAUCCUGACUCAUCCGAACAGCUACGAGAAGGCGACGUUUUACAGCAAUUUCGUCUCCGAUCUGUUUGAGAACUCGCUGGCAGUUGACAAGUGUAAUUCUCAGUUUAUUUCUUUUACACCAACUGUAAAAUUAACGGACUCAUUUCGGACUGAUAUUGGACAAGAUUUGAAUCUAGAGGAUAAUCUGCGGAUGAGAAAGUUAACUGGAGAUGAAGCGACCAAAUUGAGGAAGCAACAGAUAAAAGCGGCAGACGACGAAGACACCGAAAAAAUGACAUUUUUCGAUUUGCAUAUUCUCGGACGAAGCCCAUACACUGAAAAUGAGUUUGAAGACGAACUCUUUCUCUUAAUAUUAGCGGGUAUUUCUACGACCGCCGUAACCAUAAGUUUAGCACUUGCGCUUCUUGGAAUGCAUGCCAGUGUCCAGGAGACGUUGUACGAAGAAGUGAAGAGAUGCGUCGAAUCAGAAACCGCGAUUUUGCAUGAAGACAUCCAAGAGCUCAAAUUUAACGAGCAAGUCAUUCUCGAGACUUUAAGGUUAUUUCCAGCACUUCCUUUCCUGGGUCGUUACGUUCGUAACGAUAUUGACUUGGGCACGAAGAUAAUACCAAAAGGUUCUAACGUGAUACUGCCUUUAUAUUUAAUACAUCGGAAUGAAAAAUUUUGGCCAAAUCCAGAAAAAUUCGACCCCGAUCGAUUUUCGUCACAGAAUUUGGCAAACAUUGUACCAGGGUCGUACGUUCCGUUUUCGAUGGGCGGGAGAGACUGCAUCGGGAAGACAUACAGUAUGAUUUUUAUGAAAAUGGUUGUCGCUAACGUCGUCAAAACAUUUAAAAUCGAGUCCAACAAUCAAAGUGUGGAGGACUUUAAAAUUGCUUCGCACAUAGACUUAAGACCGAACGGAUAUAUAGAAUCUUUUGCUACCAAUACAUGCUCAUUUCAGACCAUGUUUCAAAAAAUACUGUUUUAUUUCAACACCAUCCUCACUUGGAAGCUACUGGUAUAUCUCGUUCUUCUCAAAUACGUUCUGGUUUUAUAUAGAACUCGCAGAUUAUUGAAAUUUUCAUUCGACCACAACGGACCCGCAUAUUUUCCACUGGUAGGAAAUUGGUAUUGGCUCAUCGGAAAAGCGAAUUUGAGUGCGUUUAUAGAUCUGAAACGAUGUUUUUCGUUGCCCUGCAAUUUGUGGCUUUCGCAAAGCUGUUACAACUACGUUACUGACGUGCCACACGAAGUGAAAACUAUCUUGACUCAUCCAAACAGCUACGAGAAGGCCACGUUUUACAGCAAUUUCGUCGCUGAUAUGUUUGAGAAUUCCCUAGGAGUUGACAAGUGGGAAAAAGCUAGGCUGCAUAGAAGAUUCGUGUCAAAAACUUUUUCGCUGAACUGCCUAAGGCAGUUUACUCGUUCUUUUCACACACACAUUUCGAGUCUAGUUGAACGCGUAUCUUCUAUCAGUAACGUGAAAGAACUUAUCCAGGUUACCACCGAAACGACAGCGUGUAGUAUUUUGGUAAGUAUAAUGGACCUGAAAUCGGAAAUUGUCGUCAAAGAGUUAGUCUACCACUUCAUAUGCUACCAGAAGUGUUUUUAUAAUAAAACUUACUCAAGAGCCCUUCCUCCGUGGCUUUGGAAACAUUUAACGAAUCAAGGCCGUGAUGCAAUCUAUCACUAUUCAAGAAUGAGAGAUCUACUAAGAACUGCGAUCCAAUUAAGAAAGCAACAGAUGAACCCAGCGGAUGACGAAGAUACAGAAAAAUUGACUUUUUUCGAUUUACACGUUCGUGGACGAAGCCCAUGCACUGAAAAUGAGUUUGAAGACGAACUAUUUCUCCUAAUAAUAGCGGGUCUUUCUACGACCGCCGUAACCAUAAGUUUAGCACUUGCGCUUCUUGGAAUGCAUGCCAGUGUCCAGGAGACGUUGUACGAAGAAGUGAAGAGAUGCGUCGAAUCAGAAACCUCGUUUUUCAAUGAAGACAUCCAGGAUCUAAAAUACAACGAGCAAGUCAUUCUCGAGACAUUAAGAUUAUUUCCAGCCCUUCCGUUACUGGGACGUUACGUCCGUAACGAUAUUGACUUGGGUACCAAGAUAAUACCAAAAGGUUCGAACGUGAUACUGCCUUUAUAUUUAAUACAUCGGAAUGAAAAAUUUUGGCCUUACCCAGAACAAUUCGACCCAGAUCGAUUUUCGUCACAGAAUUUGGCAAACAUUGUGCCAGGGUCGUACGUUCCGUUUUCGAUGGGCGCGAGGGACUGCAUCGGGAAGACAUACAGCAUGAUUUUUAUAAAAAUGGUGAUCGCCAGUAUCGUCAGAAAAUUUAAAAUUGAAUCGAACAAUGAAAGUGUGAAAGAUUUUAAUAUUGCCUCUCACAUAGACCUAAGACCAAACGGCCAUGUAGACUGCAGAUUUAUCCCUCGCGAUAAUGGAAUUAACAACAUAAGAUCAUACGGCGAAAUAAUCCUGAGUUGGAAGACAAUGAUUUUAAUAAUGCUGAUCAAGUACGUCAUGGCGUUAGUGAAAAAUCGAAAUAUUCUUAAGUUUUCUUGGAGUCAAAAUGGAGCUGCGUAUUUGCCGUUCAUCGGUAAUUGGUAUUGUAUGGUUGGAAAAGGUACAUUAGAAGGGUUUAUAGCUCUUAAAGAGCGGCAUUCCCUUCCCUGCAACUUAUGGACCUCGCAUAGUUGUUACAAUUACGUGACGGAUGAUCCAGGUGAAGUAAAAAUAUUCCUAACUCAUCCGAGCAGCUUCGAAAAAGCUACGUUUUACGAUGAUUUCAUUACCGACCUAGUGUUCAAAGAUUCCAUACUAACCGACAAAUGGGAAAAAGCUAGACCAAAUAGGAGAUAUAUAUUAAAAAGCUUUUCUUCACAACACUUAAAGAGAUUCGUUACUUGCUUUUAUGUUAAUAGUUGCUGUCUAGUCAAACAGCUGAAACAUGUUAGUAGUAGCGAAGAAAUUAACCGAGUCAUAACCGAAACAACUGUGAAUACUUUUGCAGCAAAUAUUAUGGGCCUGAAAUCGAUGCCAUUUUCAAAACAACUGGCGCACCAUUUAAGAAGGUACAGUUUUCUCAGCUACAUGCUCGGAUCAGAUAAUCAGAUGCCAGAAACACAUUCCCUUUUUAGCACUCAAAAAUGUUUCUACGAAAGGCAGUGGACGAAGGCCCUGCCGAAAUGGUUUUGGACGCGUAUGACAUCCGGAGGAGUCCAGGCUGUUCAACAUGUCUCUUCCAUGAAAAAACUUAUAAGGACUGAGAUCGAAAUGAGGAAGAGAGAAACAUCAAAUCCCGUGAAGGAUAAACGCUAUGGAAAACAAACUUUUUUCGAUAUUCACGUUGGAGGAGAUGGGCCGUAUACUGACGAAGAAAUGGCUAAUCAACUGUUCUUCAUUAUGAUGGCAGGUACUAACACAACUGCUAUAGCCCUCACGUUAUGCUUAACUUUUCUCGGAAUGCAUAUUAAUGUACAGGAAAAAUUGUACCAGGAAAUUAAAACCAUCGUUGGACUAGAAACUUUUCCAGAACAAGUCGGCGCGUUAAAAUAUACAGAACAAGUCAUUCUUGAAACGUUACGUUUGGUACCAACGAUUCCAUUUAUUGGUCGAUAUGUAGUUAACGAUAUAGACCUGGGAUCCAAAGUAAUACCAAAAGGAUGUAACGUGAUACUGCCUAUAUAUCUCAUCCAUCGAAAUGAAAAAUAUUGGUCGGAUCCAUUAAAAUUUGAUCCAGAUAGAUUUUCACCGCAGAACGCGGUUAACAUAGAACCGGGUUCUUUCAUUCCAUUUUCGUUUGGAGGUCGGGACUGCAUAGGAAAGAGUUAUGGCAUGAUGUUUAUGAAAAUAACGCUGGCUAACAUCAUUAGAAAUUACAAAAUCGUAUCGAAUAAUUGGAGCAUCGAUGAGCUGAAACUCGUUUCGCAUAUAGAUGUAAAACCCACUGGAAAUGUGGAUUGUAGGUUAAUCUCUCGUCAAGAUGGAGGCACUGCUUGUUAGUGCACAUUAAAGUAACUGCCAUUUUCGAAUAAUUCGACAUAAAUAACGUAGCAAAACUGUCUUCUGAAUAUGUCAACAUUGUUUCAAAAAAUUGUUUUUGGGUUAAUGGUUAGCACGAAUACUAAACGAAUAUAUACCAAUUAACAUUAUACCAAUAUGUAUCAUAUUAUAUUAUUAUUAAAUUUGCUUUUUUAAUAAAGUGAGCACCUAUAUUAUUAGAUUGGAUUAUGAGUACCAGGUCUUUAUUGAUUACUUAAGAUUACUUAAGAUUACAAUAAUAACAUUAUUUAUUUUUUAUUUUUUAAGAAUGAGUGGACUACCCCUAUUAUUCCUCUUUACUAAAUUUAAAGAAAAAAAAAUUUAUUCAGAAACUUUUGUCCAAUUUUUUCAUAAUACUUAAUGUUUGCAAAGAAACAAAUAAAAUCUAUAUCAAUACGUAACGGCAUAAAAAAAAUAUUACAUAAAAAAAUCGAGUGGGAUGUCUAAUCUAGUCAUUUCUUAAAGGGUUUCCUUUUAAUGCUUUAUUUGAUAUUGUUCGGUUAGUUUUCACACAAAAUGCACCUAAAAAAUUAAUAUCUGAUCAUUUAAAUAUUCGAUAACAAAAAUUACACUAUUCCACGAAUGGCGCAAAGAAAUAUAUUUUUUUAAUUAACUGACAGAGAGAAAAACAAUGGUAUUUUUGUUCUAAUAUUGCUCGCCAAACAACUUACUAAAGAGGGCAUUUCUAAAAGAUGCUUUAGUAUUUAAGCUUCAAAUGAUCUUUACUUAUUUUUUCACAUUAUUUAUUAGUUUCACACAUUGGCAAGUAAAAGAUCACUUGGAAAGUUCCGUUGCACGCGGAGGUGGCGUAAAGACGCCCCUAAAAUGAACAUUAACUUUGUGUAGAUCCGUUCACAAAAUUGUUUCCUCCUGGUUGAACUACAGUAUUGUAUAAAAAAGUAUACUCAUGUCAAGAUAUUUUCUGGUAGACAUAUUAAAUCAAUUGUUGAGUUUCAAAGUGUGAUUGAUGGAAUGAUACCUUCUUGUUGGAUAAACUAAUCGUUAACAAGAAUUCUGCAACUACAGAAUUCAUCGACCAUCAAUGCAUCGCAUACACCGGUACAUACCGUGACAGCCAUAACAAUAAUUAGGGUCUUUAAAAAUUUUAUACAUUAUUAUUGGAGUAAUUUAACUGCAAAUUAUGUAGUUAAUUUCGGGAAUGCUUUGGGUAAUGUCAUUGGACUUUGCAGAUGGUCAUAAUUUGUAAAAAGCUUAAAGUAUUUCCAUCAUAAGUAACUAGCAAGUAGUAGAAAACUAUAAAACUAUAGCACUUUGUCCAAAGCCCAGAAAUCAACAUUGAUUGUGUCUAAAGUGUAGUCCAGCAGUACUAGAACUGUAAUGUUGGAAAUGUUUAUUUUUAUUAUUUAUUAUCUUGUUUGAUUUGUUUGAUUUUAAAUAUAUGUAUAUGUUUUUUUUUGCUUUAUAAGUAAAUAUAUUAUGUAAUAUGAAUUUAAUUGGAAGUCAAGUACAUUAACAUUUUUUUUUAUAUUCAAACUGGACACUGCUUUUGCGUCUAUGAAGUUCACUCGGUAAAUUGGUUAGUGGUUCGUAGA